GGGGUGACUUCAAAAUUUGCCAUUUUUGUGUUUCUUAUUUCAUCUGCCAUUCUGUUUAUCCAAAAAAGGAGAAAUCUUUUCUUUUGAUUUGAGUUUAUAUUUAUAUAUAAUGCUAAAAGCUAUUCAGAUGCUUGGUUCUUCAUCUGGGUAUAUCUCGCUAAGGUUGAAGAAGCAUCAUUCCAGUAAUGGGUUCUUCUCAUUAUCCCGCAGAAGUUACAGGGCAACUUCUUCUCCGCUUUUGCCUGCCUUUUCCAAUCGGAAAACGCACGCUUUGAGAACGGUUCGAGUAUACGCGAGUCAGUCGGAUGCUAACCUAGAUGGGACUUCUUAUUCUUCAUCGGUUGCAGUUCCCUCAGCUGGCAAAAUUUAUAAGAUCAAGUUCUGUCAGUGGUGUGGUGGCACAACAAAGCAUGAUAUACCUGAUGGAGAGGAGAAAAUAAGAGCUAUCUGUACUCUCUGUGGAAAAAUUGCCUAUCAAAACCCAAAAAUGGUUGUGGGUUGCCUCAUUCAGAAUGAUAGAAAGGUCCUACUUUGCAAGCGAAAUAUUGAACCAUCUUUUGGCCUUUGGACUCUUCCUGCUGGUUACUUGGAAAUUGGGGAGUCAGCAGCUGAAGGGGCAAUCAGGGAAACCUGGGAAGAAGCAGGUGCUGAAGUCGAAGUGUUGUCACCUUUUGCACAAUUGGACAUUCCUCUUAUUGGUCAAGUUAGAAAAAGCAUCCUCUCAUUUCUUUGACUUUUAUUAGCUGUGCAAUGACUGAAGAUGUUUGUGCAUGUCUAUUUCCUUUGAGCAGUCUUACAUGAUUUUCUUAGCAAAGCUGAAGAAGCCAGAAUUUUCACCCGGUCCAGAAUCAUCAGAGUGUCGUCUCUUUGAACUGGAUGACAUACCCUUUGAUUCUCUGGCAUUUUCUUCAAUUUUGGUUACCUUGAAAUUGUACAUUGAAGACCUAGAAUCUGGAAAAAUAAAGUAUCACUAUGGAAUCAUUCACAAAAGGCCUGGGACAAGUCCUUCAGAGAUUCGUGCAUUUACUCUUGAUUACCAUUUGCAGGUCUGACAAAUAGGGGAGUCUAUCAUCUCAGAGGGCAAGGUCAUGCCAUGUUAAUUAACCUCCACCAGGUAGAAAAUUCCCCAAGUAGUCAAGUUGAAAUUAAAUGGAUAAUUGCUCUAUUUGCUUGGGAAGUUCUGUGUUAGAGUUGUUUUUCGAUAGAUGUGGUGUUUAUCCUUCACACAUGGAAUCUAAUACAUGGAUAGGUGGCAUGGUGCUGUGUCUCACAAAAAGUCCUGUGAGGUCGAGCAUGGGUGUUCUUUGGGUUAAUUAUGAUGUCAAGCUGAUUGCACUUGGGAGUAAGUGUUUC